AUGGCAAAAACGCUCGCAAAGGAAAAGGAGAAAGGCGCAUCGGAGUAUCAACAACAGAAAAAGAUUGUUGGUGACUUGCUUACUAGUGCAGAAAAUGGUGAUGUGGAAAUGCUCAAGCAAACAGUCGAAUCAAUGCGAAUUAUGGGUGUAACGGAUAUGAAAGACAUUUUUAUGGACUUUAAGGAUGCACAUAAACGCACGGCAUUGCAUUUUGCAGCGGCGAAAGGACGUCGCAAAGUGAUUAAUUACAUUCUAGAACAAGCUCCUGAAUGUGUAGAGUCUAAAGACGAGGAAGGAGCUACACCAUUGUUAUAUGCAGCCAGAGAGAAGGAGUUUACGGCCGUGAAGUUGCUAUUGGCGUACUCUGGAGAUCCCAAUGCGGCCAUGAAUAACGGCACAACGGCUUUGCACGAAGCGGCGGCCAAUGGUAGCAUCCGGACAGUAAAAUUGCUGAUAGAUCACAAGGCAAAGCUUGAAGCUACGACAAAAAAUGGUACGGCAUUGCACUUUGCCGUGAGUGAGAAUCGCGAAAAGACCGUGGCCGAGCUGCUGCGUCUCGGGGCAAAGGCGGAUGUGACAAACGCUUCCGGUGUAACCCCGCUCAUGCUAGCUUGUCUUAUGAACAAGCCCGUGGUGGUAAAGGAGCUGCUGGAGGGCGGCGCAACGCUGUCAUUAGUGAUGGAAGGUGGUCUCACGGCACUGCACAUGGCUGCUGAGACCGGAUUUACGGAAGUGGUGCAAGAAUUUUUGAAUUGCCGCCUAGAGGACACAAAAAAGGUAGCCAACUUGGCUUCGGAUGCUGGUGCGAAGCCGUUGCAGCUUGCAGCUGGUAUGGGACACCACGAGAUUGUGACCUUGCUGAGACCUAUCACCAAGGGAUUCGAAGAUGCUGACCUGGACAAGCUGAUGGCAGAAGAGAAGGUCAAGCUGGAUGCGUACUACAAGCAGGCGACGCAGAACACGCCUUCUGCUGCUUCUGCUGGAGAAAAUGAGUCUAUAACUGUGGCGGAGAAGUUGGAGGCUGAAAACCAAAGGAAACUUGCUGAAAUUGAAAAGGACGAAGAUAUUGCUAUCCCCGAAGCCGUUGAGGUGAGCGAAGAGAAGAAGGCCGAAGCGACGAUGCUUAAGAACGAGGGUAACAAGGCGUAUUUGGCAAAGGAUUAUGCGUUGUCCGUCGACCUUUACUCUCAGGCGAUCGCGAUUAUGCCCACAAACGCCGUAUUGUACAGCAACCGUUGCGCAGCACACCUAGGAGCGGGUGAUGCUAAGCUGGCGCUUCACGAUGUGCGUGUGUCAAAGAAGCUGCGCCCUAAAUGGCCGAAGGCGCUUUUCCGGGAGGGACAGUGUCUAGAGGCGCUGGGACUGUUCGAGGAAGCUGCCUGUGCCAUGUGGGCGGCCAUGCAACUUGCCCCUGAUGACAAGCUGCUUAAGCGUCGAUUCCAGGAGUGUGUAAAGCGUGGGCGCUCUGACCAUCAAGCUAAGCUUCAGUCUGCCGACGCUAGUAAACGUGUCAUAAAAUAA